UUUAGGGGUGUCACCCUGGGUCCUGGGACGCCGCCUCCGGAGAUUAAAGCGAGAGCCAGAAAAAUUAGGGAGACUGGGGCCCUGGCCGCCAGACGACGCCGGCUGGGGCCGAGGAGGAGGAGGAGGAGGAAGGCGAGGGGCGGCGCUAGGCAGGCCAUCUGAAAGGAGCCGGAUUCGCACCCUCUCCUCAUGCGGCAGCCACAGUCACCAUGGCUUUGAACUCCGGGCCGCCGCCUGGUAUUGGACCUUACUAUGAGAACCAUGGAUACCAACCCGAGCACGGGUAUCCCCCUCAUCCGGCCGUGGCUCCCCGAGUCUACGCAGCGUACCCUCCACAAUACUAUCCCUCGCCGGUGCCGCAGUAUGUCCCGAGGGUUCCGACACACGCGCCAACACCUGCCGUCCACACGCAGCGGCCCAAGUCCUCCUUGGGGACAGUGUGCACAUCAAAGGCCAAGAAGGCAGUGUGUGUCACCCUGGCCUUUGGCGCUGUCCUUGCAGGUGCUGCGCUGGCUGCUGGCCUGCUCUGGAAGUUCUUGGCGAACAAGUGCUCCAUGUCUGGGAUGGAGUGCGGCUCUUCGGGCAUCUGCAUCAGCCCCUCCCUCUGGUGCGACGGGAUCAUGCACUGCCCGAACGGGGAGGACGAGAACCGAUGUGUUCGCCUCUACGGACCGAACUUCAUCCUCCAGGUUUACUCAUCUCAGAGGAAGUCCUGGCACCCCGUGUGCCAAGACGACUGGACUGAGAGCUACGGGAGGGCAGCGUGCCAGGACAUGGGCUAUAAGAGCAGUUUUUAUUCUAGCCAAGGAAUAGCAGAUGACAGCGGGGCCACGAGUUUCAUGAAGCUGAACGUGAGCGCGGGCAGCACAGAUCUCUACAAGAAACUGUUCCACAGCGACGCUUGUUCCUCUGGCCUGGUGGUUUCUCUGCGCUGUAUAGAGUGUGGGGUCCCCUCGAGUCGCCAGAGCAGGAUCGUGGGUGGAUCUAGCGCUGCCCCGGGGGACUGGCCGUGGCAGGUCAGCCUGCAUGUCCAGGGUGUUCACGUCUGCGGAGGCUCCAUCAUCACCCCUGAGUGGAUCGUGACAGCUGCCCACUGCGUGGAAGAACCCCUCAGCAGCCCUCGCUACUGGACAGCGUUUGUGGGGAUUUUGAGGCAGUCUUUCAUGUUUUAUGGAGAUGGACACCGGGUGCAAAAAGUGAUUUCCCACCCCAAUUAUGACUCCAAGACCAAGAACAAUGACAUCGCCCUCAUGAAGCUGCAGGCGCCGCUGACGUUCAAUGACAUAGUGAAGCCCGUGUGUCUUCCCAACCCAGGCAUGAUGCUGGACCCCGAGCAACAGUGCUGGAUUUCUGGGUGGGGGGCCACCCACGAGAAAGGGAAGACCUCAGAUGUGCUGAAUGCGGCCAUGGUGCCCCUGAUUGAGCCCUCAAAAUGUAACAGUAAAUAUGUCUACAACAACCUCGUCACACCAGCCAUGAUCUGUGCUGGCUACUUGCAGGGGACUGUUGAUUCCUGCCAGGGCGACAGUGGAGGGCCACUGGUCACUUUGAAGAACCGCGUCUGGUGGCUGAUUGGGGACACGAGCUGGGGAUCGGGCUGCGCCAAGGCUUACAGGCCUGGAGUAUACGGAAACGUGACAGUAUUUACAGACUGGAUCUAUCGGCAGAUGAGGGCGAACAGCUAAUCCGCGUGGACUUUGUCCCUGACAUCUUUUGUCCUGGACAGACAUCCUUCCGCAAGAAAACCGAGGGACCGGUGUUUAAUUCUGUGUACACAAUGUCCCUUUUGAGAUGCCUCAAAGGUCCUUUCAUUUUUAGUAAACGGUGACUUGUCUGAAUGAGCUGCCGCUGGAGUGGCCUCAUUUAGAAGGUGCGAUUGAGCCCUGCUGCAUUCAGGCACACAGGGCCAAUCCCCAUCGGGCCUUCUUUCUGAACCCAUGUUUGGGACCUUUGUGGAGGAACAGAGACUAUGACCUGAGCAGUCAGAGGUCCUGGAACGAGUGUGGUGGGGACGCCAGUCAGGGACACCUUGUGGGAGAGCCAACUGCCAUCUGUGGCUGGGGUCUGCAUAUGCAAUUUGUGCUGGUCAUAUGUCAGUGCUUUACUUACAGCCCAGCUGGACACUGGCUGGAAACGAAGGGCCUAGCCACUCAGGGUGGUGAUGCAACACUUGCUUUGGAGGGCAGCAGAAGCCUUCCUCUUCGGGAGUUGAUAGCCCAGGCAAAAAGCCCCCAGAGCAGGAAGCGUCUGCCAGCUUGCUCACCCCAGCCACUGCUCCCUUGGGUGGGCUCCCCACAAGGCCACCCAGCCUCACUCCCGGCUCCUCCCAGCCCCUCAGCCUGCACCUGUCUUUGGGCCUGGCAAGCUGCUGGAGGCUCGAUAGGAUCACAUGGAGGCUGAGUCCCACCGGGGUCAGGGCCACACAGUUCCCGACGUCCUGUUUCUGAGUCACGGUUCCUCCUCUUACUACCUCUGUGCUCCUGGAACCCCGGCUUGGAAGCCGCUCUGGAGUUCACGUGCGUUUGGACUUUGUGAUCGUCUGUGCCAAGUGUACCCAGCAGACACUGGGUCUUCUCUUCCACGGUGGCCGGCUUGUUCUGCAGAGGACUGGGGGCGGGGAAAGGAAAAGUUCCCAGCUUGCAACAAAGAUGACAUUGGGGGGUGUGGUCAUGACAUCUCCUCUGACCCUGUGAUUCCCCAGGGGUGUCACGCUUGGCUUGUAUUCCCAAGCAUGACGUGUGUGGUGCCUUACCUCUGGCACAACGCCACAACUCUGCCUCCUUCCCGGUACGCGGGUCCUCAGAGGGCAGUGGGUGGAAAUGCCCCUCACAGCGGAGGCUCACUUCCCACUGCUGGAUGCUCCCUGCACAUCCUCCAUGUGUUUGAGUCGGCUCCCAGGGUCCAUGUGUGAGCCUCUUGUGACAACAGCCUCUCCUCAGGGCUCUGGGGCUUAAUGUCUGCUCUGAGCUGUACCAUUCUUGUGAAAGAUUAAAAAAAAUAAUAAUAAAGUAUGUCAUUUUUCCAAAGA